AUGGACCCUCAGGGACGGCAGCAGGAUGGGCUGUCGGAGGUUUGGAGGGAAACUAGACGGUCGCUGAGAAGGAUCUCUCCGAAAGGCGUCGCAGGGGAGCUCAUCAAGCUCGCCAUCCCUGCUGUCAUCGCCGGAUUGGCGGAGCCUGUCGCGCAGCUUACGGAGACCGCAUUCAUUGCACGAACCGGAGCCGUGAGUCUCGCGGCCAUUGGCGUGUCCAUCUCAGUGUUCAACCUUGUCUCGAAGGUCUUCAACUUCCCCCUCCUCAACAUCACCACCUCUUUCGUCGCUGAGGAUGGCGAAGCCAGAGCGAAAUCAGCAGCAUCAGCGUCCGCAGCAACAGAAGCGGCGGGUGAGAAGCGAGUGGUGCCUGCGGUGUCAGCAGCGCUGCUGGUGGGCGCCAUUCUCGGGAUUGUCGAGGCUGUGGUGCUCGCCUCUGCUGCUGCACCCAUUCUCGGAGCCAUGGGCGUCCCUGCGACCUCGCCCAUGCGCGGGCCAGCGCUGCACUACCUCUCCCUCAGGGCGCUGGGCGCGCCUGCUGUGGUGCUGGCUCUGGCCACUCAAGGGGUGUUCCGAGGCUUUAAGGACACUCGCACUCCGCUUAUCGCUCAAGUGGGCGGCAACAUCGUCAACAUCGCCUUGGAUCCGCUCCUCAUGUUUGCAUGCGGGCUGGGCGUCAGCGGGGCAGCGUUCGCCACAGUGACAGCGCAGUACAGCAUUGCGGCCUUCAUGCUGUGGCAGCUCAGCCAACGCGUGGUGCUCAUGCCUCCCCGCCUCUCUCACUUGAAGCUUGACCGCUUCCUCAAAUCAGGUGGUCUCCUGCUGGGUCGCACUCUCGCCCUGCUCUGCACCAUGACCCUCGCCACCUCCAUGGCAGCGCGGCAGGGCCACACGAGCAUGGCGGCGCAUCAGAUCGCCAUGCAGAUCUGGCUCGCAGUGUCUCUCAUGUCCGACUCCGUGGCUCUUGGCGCCCAGACCAUGCUAGCAUCAGCUUUCGCACGCCACGAUGCGAGGAGGGUGAGGAGGAUCGCCAUGCGAGCCACACAGAUGGCGCUGCUCAUGGGCCUCACCACCGCCGCCCUGCUCACCCUCGCCACGCCCUACAUCCCCCGCGCAUUCACAUCCGAUCACACUGUUCAGAAGGCGCUGACUUCCCUGAUGCCGUUCGUGGCGGCCACACAGCCCAUCACAUCUCUCGCCUUUGUCUUUGACGGGCUGCAUUACGGCGCCUCUGACUUUGCCUACGCUGCCACUGCAAUGAUCACAGUGAUGCCCCCAAUAGCUGGAGUGCUGGCGUAUGCCCCAAAGGUCAUGGGCAUCCAUGGCGUGUGGGUCGGCCUUACCCUCAUCAUGACUGCACGCAUGCUCAUUGGCUUGGCAAG